GCUGCUCGUGGGGUCUGUGGUCCUCUGGACGGGGCUGCCGGCCGCACCCCCCCGAAGGACUCCUGGACAGCCCCCUCUGUCCCCCAGCGGUGCCCCUGGGGAAGCCCCCCAGGACAGGGUCUCGCAGGAGGAGGAAGCAAUGCUGGCAUGCAUGAUGGCCCCAGAGCCUGAGGUGGGGCAGAAGAGUCCUUGGCCCCAGGGGAAGGAAAGCCGUGAGGACGGGGAGAUGGUGGCUGAAGAGCCCCAGUCGGGCAAGGAAGGUGGCCUUCCCCCUGGGGCAGCAGGUCCAGCCCCCCCUGGAAAGCUCAUCCCUAAAACGUAUCCACCGCCGGAAAGACCACCUGCAAAUAACCUGGAAGUUCAAUCUUCUGGAAGGCCCGGAGCAGCUGAGAAGCCCCAAGAGCCAUCUGAGAGGGACCCCUCUCCGGACACUGGGCCCCAGCGGGGAGGGGGCCCUGUCUCCAGGGAGAAGCGCUUGCCUGGUGGGAACAUGCCCUGGAAGGAGAAGUCCGGCGGCCUCGGCAGACCCAAGUCGGCUUCCACGCCAGUGUUGCCCAAUCUGGGAACCUGGAACCCGGUCUGGGAUCCCAAUAAUGAGGCCACCUCUGGUGGGAAGCUAAACGCUAGCGAAAAGCCCACUUCUAGCACCCCAGGUGACAAACCCACAUCUGGGACGGGGGAGCCCAUCUCAAAUGAAAGGCCGGAUCCCGGUUCUGGACACUCCAUCCAGGACAAGCCGAAACCAGCUUCAGCUGCUGGGCCUCUGACUCACGAGGGCCCCCUACCUGAAGGGAAGCCAGCUUCUAACUGUGGCCCCAAGGGCCCUGGCAGACCCCUGGCUGGUGAAAAGCUCACAUCUGGAGAGAAGCCGUCUUCCCACCUGGGACACGAAAAACACCCGUCUGCCGACGAGUCAACUGCCUCCGACAAGCCAGAACCUGGGGGGAAACCCGAAGCCGAGAAGGAGUCCAAACCUGAAAAAGAAGCUGAGGAGAGGAACGAAACUGAGGAGGAGGACCUUUUUGAUGAUGAUGAUGAUGAACAGGAGGAGGGGGAGAAAGGAAAAGAGAAGGAAGAAGGCGCCGCAGAAAGAAACGAAGAUGGCGAUGCCGCCUUUGACAAGGAGCUGGAUUAUGGAUUAAACAAAUCCCCCUUUGACGCCUAUUCGUACCACGAUGCCUGGAGCGACGAGGGGGCGGGAGGGGCCGAUGUUGGCUUGAGGGGAGAAACGGCAGCUCUUCCUGAGGCUGGAGAGGCCAACAAUGACGGGAAACCGAUCUUCGAUGCCUGGGGAGACCUUGUGGGAGGGUCGAGGCCCUAACGGCAGGCCAAGAAGUGCUCGGAAGGGGAUGGAAGAAAGGAAGGUGGACCUGAAGCACAGUUUUGGCAGCCUGGAGCUUUAAUUUUUAAAUAAAUGAAAAUUUGUAAUUUCAAUUUAAUAGGAGGCCAGGACAGUCCCUAAUCUGUGUCCUAUCCUGCUGCUUCCAGACUCUGAGUACACAGAGCCCUCGACUUACGACCACAAUUGAGCCCAAAAUUUUCUGUAGCUGAGACAGCUGUUAAGCGAGUUUUGCCCCAUUUUACGACCUUUCUUCCCAUUCAGUUGCUAAGUGAAUCACUGCAGUUGUUAAGUGAGUAGCACGGUCAUUAAGCGAACUAGGCUUCUCCAUUGACUUUGCCGGUUAGAAGGUCGCAAAAGAGGACCACGUGAUUCUGGAACACUCUGGGACCGUCAUAAAUAGGAGUCAGUUGCCAAAUGUCUUUUUGAUCACAUUACCCUGGUCACAUCCCUUUUUUCAACACUGUUCUCAUGUCUAACAGUCACUAAACAAACUCUGGUAAGUCGAGGACUACUUGUACUGUCUACUACUGAUGUACUAUAGAUAUAUUAUCUUCUUGUGCCAUAUCCGUUAUCGGACGUUGGCGAUCAUGUUGGCGAUCCUGUUUUUAUCAGCUGCCACACGAACAAGUGCUGCUGAGUUUUGUCCCAACCGGUCCCUUAGAUUUUGAAGCCACGAUGUUCUUCUUCUGCCUGGGCCUCGUUGUCCUUCCAUCUUUCCCUGGAGGGUUAAAUGGAGUAGGCUGUAUUUUUCUGGGUGUCUAUAGAUAUACAAUAGAUAUCUAAUACUGAUACACUAUGGAUAUGUGCUUUGGAAAAAAAAGACUCCUUUGUGUGUUGGGGCAGAUAUUGCACACCUAAAAUCCUUGGUACAUUUUGCGGGUUCCUACCCUUCAGCCACUAGGCCUGGAUGUCCACUCUUGGCAACUUUAAGGCUUCUGGACUACAACUCCCAGAAUUCCCCAGCCAGCUAUGUUGGACACCACUGGCCAGACUAUGAGUGUGGCUUGAGUGAUUUGGAUGUGCCCUUUACAGCAUGAAAUUAGCCACCGUGACUUUUACUCUUUUCUCAGGAAGUUCUUGUGCUCCUCCAGAAGGUGACACAAUUGUGUGAACCAGGCUGUGUUUUGGAAAUGGGGGGGAUGGGCUUCCUAGCAAGGCUCAGCCAUCGCUUUUCAAUGGUGAUCUUCCUCACCCGCUGAGGCAAUUUCAAUGUCUAUUACAGUCUAUUAGUUUCCAGCAGGGAGACUCAUUUAGCACUUCAAACACAAAACAUGUAGUCCCGACAAACCUGAGUCUUAGUAAAUAAAUAUUGGCAAAUAAAUCUGACUGAUGGAAAUGUCCUGUAACACGAAUGGUUGUCUGUGACAACUGGCCACUCCCACACCCCUCCUACUUAUGUUCCAGCCAGGGAGGGGCUGGCUAACGUCUUCAUCUUUUCCCUGAGAACCAUCUCAUUGCCUUCCAUUGCUCUCCUCUCUGCACAUACACGCAUCUGGGACGGACCCAUCUGUUCCUCACUCAGCUCAGGCCCCGAAAACGGCUGCCUCUCCACCUUAGCAUGGGCAGAUGGCCCCGGCUCCGCAUCUGGCUCUGAGUCUCCUUGCUCAUCAAAGCCUUCCAAAGGCUCUGAUGUAUUAACUCAGGUGCCUCCUCCUCCUCGGACUUGGAUGCCAACUCUGCUGGCAGCCAAUGGACCACAACACUAUACUGUUCCAAUCAGGAUUACCCAGUGCUCCCCUGUUUAUGAGCAGACACAGCCCACUAAUUUUAUUAAGCACACUACGGCCACUGAGCAAAAAGACAACAGAAUUUGUAUAAUGAGUGGGAUUUAGGCACGGCAGGCUGUUUGUAUAGUCCAGUGUAGUUUUUACAAUUUUGUGACCAAGAACGUCUGCUAACAUUGCUUGACAUGGAAAUGCAUUCAUUUUUCUCUUUUGCUUUUAGAGCUGAUUGAUGCUGGGAGGGGGGAAUGUGGAUGAGAGUUCAGUUAGUCAUAACCACAAAAAACUCAGCCGUGGGAAUUCAAGUUUACUGAGCCCAGAGUUGAUAAUGAUGGGCUGGAGAGCUGUGGAGAGAGCCCAUGUUUCAAGUUAGUUGGGGAAUGUGAUUUAUGACUGUUAGUUGGAGGAGGGAAUCGUGUUUUCCUACUUUGUGCCCAGGGAAGGGGAAUUCAGUUUUUGGCUUCAACUAUGUAGUGCCGAUAUUAUGCUUCCCGAAUAAAAGAUUCUUUAAGGUAAACAAUGCCUUGAAGUUCUUUUGAAAGUUUAAUCUGUCGGAACCAUGACAAUAUCUGCAUGAGGGACAUCGUCAAAGGCAGCCAUGACACAAGGAUUUUGUUUUUUGAGCCUGAUGUCAUCUAAGUGAAGAUGGACCCCUAUUCUCAAAGCACCUGAAGGCAGAACAAAAAGUAACAGAUGGAAACUAAUCAAGGAAAGAAGC